GACUAAUUCAUUUGUUGUUUAUUGAUUAAUUUUAUUUAUUUUCCACAGAAAAGAAAAGAAGCAGGCCGCGAUGUUGUUUCAGGUGGGAGGACAAGGAAGCCGGCCGACGUUCUUCGAGAUGGCGGCGGCCGAACAGCUUCCACGGAGUCUCCGCGCCGCUCUGACAUACUCAAUCGGCGUAUUAGCAUUACGAAGACCCUUCCUUCAUAAAUUAUUAGAUUACGAAGAUGAAUCUUUCUCAUUACUCAUGCUCGUUCUCGAAGCUCAUAGCUUAAGAACCACAGAUGCUUCUUUUUCUGAAUCUCUCUACGGUCUCCGAAGAAGACCUGCAAAUAUCAAAAUCAAUAACAACGAUGAUACUCUUACUGCUACUACUACUUCACAGUUACGGAGGCGCCAAAAGCUUCUUUCUCUUCUCUUUUUGGUUGUGUUGCCGUAUUUGAAAUCCAAGUUGCAUUCAAUCUACAAUAAAGAAAGGGAAGCAAGGAUUCAGGCUACUCUUUGGGGAGAUGAAAACGAAUCAUAUGAUUUUCAACAGGAUUCUUUGUUGUCCACGUCAGCCUUGGAUUCACGUGCCUCUGUUACAACACGCAUCACAAAGAGAUUUCAGAAAAUUGUUGGAUUUUGUUACCCCUUGUUACAUGCUGGUACUGAGGGCUUCCAAUUCGCAUACCAGAUGUUAUACCUAUUGGAUGCUACUGGAUACUACUCACUAGCGCUGCACGCACUUGGGAUUAAUGUGUGCCGAGCUACUGGGCAAGAGCUGAUGGAUGCCUCUUCUAGAAUUUCUAAGAUACGUAGCCGUGAACGUGAGAGACUCCGUGGUCCUCAAUGGAUAAAGACAUUGCAGGGAGCAUUGCUCAGUUGUACAUACACUGUACUUGACUAUGCGCAAACCGGUUUGAUUGCAGCAGUGUUCUUCUUUAAAAUGAUGGAAUGGUGGUAUCAGUCUGCUGAGGAAAGAAUGUCAGCUCCAACUGUAUAUCCUCCUCCCCCUCCUCCCCCUCCACCGAAGGUAGCCAAAGAAGGGGUACAGUUACCGCCAGACAGAACAAUUUGCCCCUUGUGCUUGCAGAAACGCGUAAAUCCAUCUGUAAUUACAGUUUCAGGCUUCGUCUUCUGCUAUGCUUGUAUAUUCAAGUUUGUUACUCAGUAUAAGCGCUGCCCAGCAACGAUGGCGCCUGCAACAGUUGACCAGAUAAGGAGACUCUUUCAUGAUGUAUAGUCGCAGCUGGACCUAUUAUAAUUAUAGUUGUCACGAGUAGAUGCAUAGAAGAUUCUCAAUGGUUGUUGUACUGAUCUAUGUUUAUUUUGGCAUAAAGAGAGGCAAGUAAGAAGCAUAAUUUUUUGUUCCGAAUCUUAUGAUAGCCUCUCAAUUCAUUUGUACAAAGUUCUAACAAUAAUAUUAUUGCUUCAACACA